AUGAAGGGAGGAGGGCAGGAAUCCGGAAGCGCUUGCGUCCUGAAAGCAUAUUCCAUUUUCGUGAUCCUGAAGCGGCCACUAACCCUAUCUGAGAAGAUUCUCUAUGGCCAUUUGGAUCAGCCAGAUAAAGAACACAUUGAGCGUGGAGUCUCCUAUUUGCGGCUACGACCGGAUCGUGUGGCAAUGCAAGAUGCAACAGCACAGAUGGCAAUGCUGCAGUUUAUCUCAUCAGGAUUGCCAACAGUUGCUGUUCCGUCCACAAUUCACUGCGACCACUUGAUUCAAGCGCAAGUGGGAGGAGAAGCCGAUUUGGCGAGAGCAAAGGAUCUCAACAAGGAAGUAUACAAGUUUUUGGAAUCGGCAGGAAACAAGUACGGCGUCGGGUUCUGGAAGCCAGGAUCCGGAAUCAUCCACCAGAUCCUCCUGGAAAACUAUGCUUUCCCUGGACUGCUGCUUAUUGGAACCGACUCUCACACUCCCAAUGGAGGUGGCCUUGGUGGUCUCUGUAUCGGAGUUGGAGGCGCUGAUGCUGUAGACGUCAUGGCCGAUAUACCGUGGGAACUGAAAUGCCCGAAGGUUAUCGGAAUCCGGUUGACUGGCAAGUUAUCUGGAUGGACUUCGGCCAAGGACGUCAUUCUCAAAGUAGCCGACAUCCUGACUGUCAAGGGAGGUACCGGAGCCAUUGUGGAGUACUUUGGUCCUGGUGUCGACUCCAUUUCGGCCACCGGAAUGGGAACCAUCUGCAAUAUGGGUGCAGAAAUUGGUGCAACUACAUCAGUUUUCCCGUACAACGAUAGCAUGAAGAAAUAUCUUGUGGCUACUGGUCGUGCUGAAAUCGCACAAGAAGCUGACAAGUACAAGCAUCUUCUCACCGCUGAUGAUGGAGCUCACUAUGAUCAGAUUAUUGACCUCAAUCUGGACACUCUGAUUCCACAUGUUAAUGGUCCCUUUACACCUGAUCUCGCUUCACCGAUAGAUAAGCUUGGUGAUAAUGCGAAGAAAAAUGGAUGGCCUCUUGACAUCAAAGUUGCUCUAAUCGGUUCCUGCACCAACUCGUCGUACGAAGACAUGACUCGAGCUGCAUCCAUCGCUAAACAGGUAAUUUAUUUUAUAAUAUUAUUGCUAGAUUACUAA